GACCCAGAAGGCCACGGGGAAUUCGUUCAAGAGGAGGAGAUGAAUGCAUACAUUCGGGCUACAGACGGCACCGCUACCACCAGCACUACCACCAGCACCACUCCUUCUGCGGGGCGAGCACGGAGCAGCGCCCUCUCCCGCCUGCGCUCGCUCGCCCAGAGGGUUGUGAAGGGCCUGGCUGGAGGCGGGGGUGGGUCGUCUGAGGAUGGCCUGUAUGCUCGCGUGGGGAAGGGGUUUCAGGACGCCUGGACGCCCUAUCCCGUGCGCUUCCUCCUUUCUGCAAGCCUGGUGAGUCUGAUGCGUGGGUGCAUGGGAGUGGCCACUCAGGAGCAGCUCGGCUCCACCAUCAUGGUCUCCCUGCCAAUGAAGAUGCGCCACGUGGCACAUCCAACAUCCGCUGGAGAGGAGCAGGAGGAGGAAGAGGAGGGAGAGGAGGAUGGGGCGGGGGAAGACGAGCAGGGAGAGGAGGGAGAGGAAAGCGAGGGGAGUGAAGGGGGGCGAGGGCAUGGAGGAGGCGUUGGCAUGGGUGGAGAUGCGGUGGAGCACCAGUGAGGCGGUGGAGGGCAGGCGGGCGCUGGUGGUGGAUGGGGACGACGCACGCGCAGAGGCCACAUCCAUAGCCCUCCGGUACUUUGGCAUGCAUGUUACCAUAGUGGGCACUCAGAAGGAAGCUGCUCGGAAGAUUCUGGGGAGGCAGUCGGAAUCCGCGUGGCGGUUUGCUGAGAAGCGGAUGAGUGAGGCGAGGAGGAGGGCGAGGAGGGCCAAGGGGAAGGAGGGGGGGGUGAAAUUAGGGGAAGGGGAGCACUCAGGGGAGGGGGAUAAACCAGAGGAGAGGCCAAAGGAAGGCCGCAAUGCGGCGGAUGAGGAAGGGGAGGGGAAGAGGGAGGAAGAGGGAGGGGAGAGUUGCGAGAUGGGAGAGGAGGGUGCAUGGGAGGAGGAACAGGAGGGUCCAUGGGGCGUGGUGCUGGUGGAAGCUGAUGCGUUUGGCAAGAGUGGGAGUGUGGGGGCUAACUCAAAGUCCGAAAUUAGUGGUGGUGAAGAGGGUGCUCAGGGCGCUCAGGCCAGUCAGGGCGGUCAGAUCAAGCCUGGGCCAGUGAACGGCUCUGAUGCACCCCAGAGCAAGUCAGGGAUCGGUUUCGGCCGUCGGAUCAAGUUUGAUCACCGCAGCCUCGUUCUCUUCCACUCUUCGGCUGUGCGCGCUCCCAACUCCCCUCCCCGCACUCCUUUUCCCUCUUAUGGUGCUUCAACUCAUGCGGCUCCCAACUCCCCUCCCCCCACUCCCUCACACGCCCAUGAAGCGCCACCAGCACCAGCAGCAACACCAGCAGCAGCAACACCAGCACCAGCAGCACCGCCACCAGUGCCGUGCAGCCUUCCUCCCCUCGUGCUGACGGGCCAGGGCUCUAUGAGCGUCAACCACGCAAGGGUGCUCGCAGCAGGGUUUGCCGACACUCUCCCCCAACCAUGGCUCGUGGCUGAUCUUGCGCCGUGCCUUCAUGCUGAGUGCCUUCAUGCUAUUUUCGCUCCCCUCGACCAAUACGACGACCUUUCAGAUUCCUCCACCAAUCACAUCGCGCCAGCCGUCCCCUCCUCCUCCUCCUCCCUCGCCCCCUCCACGCCUCCCCGCCCCAAAUCCCCGCAAUACCGCUCCAAAGCCGCGCUCGCGCUCUCAAAGCCCGAGGACGCCGCCGCUUUGCUAAAAGAGAUGCUUAGCGGGAAGGAAGUUCUAGUGGUGGAUGACAACGCGGUGAACCGCAUGGUGGCAAGGAAAACGCUGCAGGGCUUAGGGGCGAAGGUGGAGCUGGUAGAAAGCGGGGAGAAGGCUCUGGAGAGACUAAACAGUGCAAAUACGUUCUUCAUGCUGCUGAUUGAUCUGCACAUGCCCCCUGGGAUUGACGGCUAUGAGACUGCUCGCCGCAUUCGAGCCAAGUUUCCUGCUGCCACUGCUGCACCCACCACCAGCACCGCCACCUCCUCCUCCUCCUCUGCCUCCAUCCCCAAGCUCGAAUCGCAGCCAUCCUUUUCGGUUGCCGCUGCUGCCGCCGCCACUGCACCCGCCACCGCCAGCACCGCCAGCACCGCCAGCACCGCCACCAUCGGCUGCACCGCUUCCUCGUCUUUCUCCUCUUCUUCCAUCCCCAUGCUCGAAUCAACAGCCAUCCUUUGCCGCUGCUGCCGCUGCCACUGCCACUGCUACUGCACCUGCCACUGGCACUGCCACCACCACCAUCACCAGCAUCCCCAAGCUCGAAUCACAGCCGUCCUUUGCCUUCCACCCAGGCUGUCUAACCCCACUGGACCUGGACGCACCGGGAGAAAUUGAACCAACUCUUGCCACAGCCGCAACAGCAGCAGCAGCAGCAUCAGCAGGCCCUUUCCACAGGCAGGUGAUAUUCGCUCUGACAGCAGACGUGGAUGCGAGUGUGAGGCAUUCGGCCAAGGAGGCGGGUAUGGAUGGCACUCUGUCCAAGCCCAUCGUGCACCCCCGAGCUGCUGAGCGCCCUCAAGGCUGCUGGGGUCACCUUGCACUAGGACUCAUGCACCUAGUCUAAGGUGCCUCACAAGGAGGUGGGUAUGGACGGCAUGGCAUUGUCUCCAAGCCCAUCGUGCACCAGGAGUUGCUCAGGGCUGUUAAAGCGGCUGGCGUGAGCCUGAUGUGAAAGACGCGGUCACCUCAUGGGGCUCACGAGGAGGCAGGCGGCCAAGGAGGGGGAGGGGCUCUGGAUGGCACCGUGGCACUCUCUCCAAGCCCAUCGUGCACCAGGAGCUUCUGAGCGCCCUCAAGGCUGCCGUGGUCACCCUGCUGUGAAGGACACAUUCAGGCAGUCACUUCAAGGGUCUAUGGAUGGCAUGCUCUCAAAACCCAUCGUGCACCAGUAGCUGCUGAGUGUUAUCAAAACUGCUGGCGUAAGCUUGCUGUACAAGGUGUGGGCGCUUACACAUGUCUCAGGAGGAGGCGGGCGUGCAAGGAAUGCAGGUAUGGAUGGAUGGCACGCUGUCCACCAAACCCAUCGUGCACCAGGAGCUGCUGUUUGGCAUCAAAGCUGGCAGUGCCAUCUUGCACAGUAAAUGAAAUCGGUAGUGUAUGUAUGCAAUGAAUGCACUUGACACUUGCUACAAGAAGCUGCUGUGUUGUAUCUAAGCAGCUGAAGGGGAAGAUCAAAUACAUUCUAAGUAAUUAU